CCACGGUCCUCUUUCCCGUGCCGCACCGCGAUCCGCCUCUUCCUCUUCCGGUUCGAGGCCGUUCGUGAGCCGCGGGCUUCGGUGCAGUCAUGGCCAAGUCCAAGAACCACACCACGCACAACCAGUCCCGAAAGUGGCACAGAAACGGCAUCAAGAAACCCCGGUCACAAAGAUAUGAAUCUCUUAAGGGGGUGGACCCCAAGUUCCUGAGGAACAUGCGCUUUGCCAAGAAGCACAAUAAGAAGGGCCUGAAGAAGAUGCAGGCCCACAACGCCAAGGCCAUGAGUGCACGUGCCGAGGCCAUCAAGGCCCUCGUAAAGCCCAAGGAGACCAAGCCCAAGAUCCCAAAGGGUGGUAGCCGCAAGCUCAGUCGACUUGCUUACAUCGCUCACCCCAAGCUUGGGAAACGUGCUCGUGCACGCAUCGCCAAGGGUCUCAGGCUCUGCAGGCCAAAGUCCAAACCUAAGGCAAAGGCAAAGGCUCAGACCAAGGCCCAGGCCGCGGCUCCAGCUCUGGCUCCAGCUCCGUCUCCGGCCUCGGCUCCAGCUCCCAGAGGUGCCCAGGCCCCCUCAAAGGCUCCCCAGUAGAGCCUCUGUCUGCCGAUGAGAGGACGGAAGGACUAGUGUGACCCCUGGGCUGCUGUCUGUGUGGGGCUGGUGUCCUCCUGUGCUAUUUGUACGAAUAAACCUGAGGCAGGA